UUGAAGGUUUUAGAUCCGCUUGCGGACUCUGGAGAUGAAGAUGACGAUGACGAUGUUGAGGUAACUAUUGGUGUGAUACCACCAGUGAACGUCCAAUACAGUCUUCUGGACAUUGAUGCUGUCCCAAUGCUUAACGACAAGCCGAUUUACGAUAUCGAUCUUGCCCAAAUGGAGGAUCGCCCCUGGCGAAAACCUGGAGCUGACAUUACUGAUUACUUUAAUUAUGGGUUCACAGAAGAUACAUGGAAUGCCUAUUGUGAGCGACAAAAGAAGUUGAGACAAGAAUACGGUAAUCAGGCAGCAGCCAAUAAGGCACUAUUCUCAUCGAUUAAUCUUGCAAAUCCGCUUGGAAUGCCGCCUACUGGAGCCGUAAAAGUCCUAACGGAUAACGGUGGAAAGUUCAAGCCACAUUAUCAUAAGCUUGCGACAGAUACCUCGGAGGUAAGUGCAGGGGUCCUAUUGAAUCGUACGAAAGACGCCGCGUUUUCGUUUUCAAGAUGCAGCAUUUGGCACAGGACUUCAACAAUGUUUCGGGAAACAUUACAAAGCUCUAAUUUUAGAUUCAAUCCGUCCCUGCCACCUCCUGGCAUGCGUCCACCUCAGAUGGCGAUGCCAAUGACUAGCAUGCCGCCCCCUGGUUUCAAUACUAUGCUUCCACCACCAGGGUUUGGUCAGAAUCGAUUCUCAUCGUCUACGCCUAAUAGUUAG